AUGUCUUCGCUCGUUAACGAUGAUGUCGAGCCGAAAGACCCUACUACUCUCGCUCAGCCCAGCAAGGCUAAGGUACGAACUAUCGAAGAUGUGCUAUUCGACUUCCUCGGAGAGGACGAGCCGGAGGAUUUGCCCAUAUCGUCCGAAGGCCUUCAGUCUGAUAUCGCUCUUGAUGUUGUUGACUUUGAGAGGCUGUUGGGCGGUCUCAAGCAGCAACUGGACGAUUUUCAGGAGAUGACCGUCAAGACAGCGCUGCGUGCGAGCAAAUACUACUCCAAGACCGAGCCUCGAGCGCAGGUUGAACCUUCCAUCAGUAGCCCAUUUGCCCAACUUAUAGCGAAAAAAGACACAAGCGGCGAAUGCAGACUGCUCUCCAAGGCAAAGGGAUCCACGAAGUGGGAGUCGCUCGUUGCGCCCGUCCAGUACAUAAAGUCGCCAGUCGUCAGUCUACCGAAAGCCAAAAGCAUUGGACGAUUGGGGCCAGCGGUCAUUGCACAGAACACAACAAUCGGCAAGUAUCAUCCGUACUCUCAAGAUGACGAAGGGAGACGGCCAGAAGACUUGAAUGCAAAAUAUCAAGAGCUCAGUGAACGGUACCAUGAUUAUCACUCCAUAUCAGCCUCCAUUGCUGGACAAAGAGCUUGCGCAGAGCUUGUUGACAUCUGGGCCAAGCUUGUUGAUGAGUUGCUUAAGCAGCUCGAUAUUACCCCAGCGGACGUGGUCUACUACUAUUUGAGAGACGGUGCGGAGACGGAGCGUCUCCUCAACGACCUCGGCGUAUCUGAAGACACAAUCAAGUCCUGUGUGAAGGAGCAAACUAUACCAUGCGAUACCUGCCACAUCUCUUUCCCGGCAGACCUUGAGUUCCGCAGUCUUGAACAUCGCCACGAGGGUACUGCCCCUCAGUCCAGGGUGUUGGCUAAAGCAGCAUUGGCGGCGCACUGUUUCCAUGCCAUCAGCAACCUUAGUCUGUGGCAUAUUGUCUCGCUUGUUCCAUCUGAAGUGUUCCUCAUGCCCAAGAAGACAAUGUUCGAUAAAGAGCUUAAAGAUGAAUCAGAGGCGGUUGAGCAGAUCUGUCUUGCGUGUGGCUUGCACGGAUGCUCCGCUCAUGGAGCCUUUGUUGAGUGGUGGCAGAUACAAGGCCAUCCGGAACCCGAAGAGGUCAAAUCUGGACAUGUACGCCUCAACGAUGCCGAAUCAUUUAAUAACGAGCGAUGGACAUACUCAACUUUCCCUACUCACCUUCGCGAAGAUCGACAUAUCUGUGGACUGUGGUGUGACGUCGACCAGACUCCAGCGCUCCGACUAUCGGAAUUCAAAGGCCGGCAGGCAACGGGUGGUGUCAGUGGCUUUCUAAACCCUGAGAUCAAGGCCUCAACCCCUUAUUUGGCCGAUGACAAGAUGUGCUCCGCUAAUUGUUUCUGGGAUGUAGCCGGACGGACCGAGGACAUGCCUGAUUUCUCAGCGUCCGAGAAAGAAGUCUUCGCAGCAAACCUUCGUCUUUUCCUAGACAAUGAAAGAAGUCCAUGCAUGAUACGCGAGUGGCUUCCGAAACACAAAUGCACAGAAAUAUUCGCUCUGAUGGUGGCUCGAAUCCGUCAGAUACCUCAUUCAGCAGCUGCAUUAGAUGGUGCGUCCUCUAAGAAAGUCUCGAGGGCCAAAGUACACAGCAAGCCAGAUCUCUCAAUGAACCGCCGGGUCGCGGAGAGAAAGGCUUUUUUUCCUUGCGAUCACGAUGGACCAUGUACGCCAGAGAACCCAGAAUGCACUUGCGCCGAGGAAAAGGUUUCGUGUGAGCGCAGAUGCAAGUGUGACGCAAGCUGCGAACGGGCUUUCCGCGGUUGUAACUGUGCCAUAAACCCUGGACAGGUCUGUGGUGACAAGGGUUGCGCAUGUUGGAACGCUGGGCGCGAAUGUGACCCCGGGCUGUGUAAAAGCUGUGGUGUUGAGACGGUGCUCCACCAAGCAUACAAAUACAAACCGGAAAUGCGCAUCGGCCGCUGCAAGAACAACCGAAUCCAGCUGGACUUGCCCGCGCGCACCAUCAAGGCCCCCAGCGAAGUUCAAGGUUAUGGACUAUUUGCUGGCGAGGAUCUCAAGAAAGGCGAUUUCAUCCACGAAUACAAGGGCGAGGUGAUCAGCCAAACGGAGAGCGACCGGCGUGGCGCGAUGUACUCUCUGUCUGGUCAGGAGUAUCUCUUCAACCUGAACGCUGAGCAACAGAUUGAUGCCAAUAACUUUGGCAACAAGUCACGCUUCAUGAACAACUCGAAACUGGAUCGCAACAUCAAUGUAUACGGGAACACCGUGCUCUGUAAUGGCCAACACCGGGUCGGUCUCUUCGCCAAGCGGGACAUCAAGGCGGGCGAGGAACUGCUGUACGACUACGAGUACCCUGCUGCGGUGGCCGACCAAUUCUGGGAACGAGGCGAGCAGAGCGCCAAGAGCAAGGCGUUUAUUGAUACGCCGGUGGUGGCGCGGGCGAGAGCGAGUCGUGGCGCUGGAGGAAGAGGCCAGGCCAAAAGAAAGAAGAAGACGAAGAAGACCAGGGCGAGAAUGCAGCCAGAUGACGACGGCGGCAGUAGUCUUAGUCAAAGCCCAGCGCCCGCGAGGAGACGUGCCGGUAACAGAAAGAAGGGCGGACUGCAGAGCGACAAAUCGCGCGCCAGCUUGCGGGGGACGCAGGGCGAUGGGUUCGAUCCCAUGGAUGUGGACGAGGUGGCCGUGCAAAUGAAUGAGCAGACGGAGGAUAUGGAUUCGGACUUUGAGGGGAUGGUGGCGGGGACGGAGUCUGAGAGUGGAAGUGAGAGUGACGAUGACGAAGACGAAGAAGUGGUGGUGCCGGAGAGUGAGGACGAUGAUGAUGACGAUAUUGCGGGCGGAGGAUCGGCCGCUGCGGCGAGGAGGAAGGCCUACCGAGCUGCGUCUGGGUCGAGGGCGAGGGGGAGGGGGAGGGGGAGGGGGCGGGGGCGAGGACGAGGGUCAAGAGGACGAGGAGGGAGAGGGAGGGGAACAACGGCGAGGAUGGGGGACUGA